GUCUAUGGUUUAAGUAUUAGUAAACAUUGCGAAUCAGUAAACAGUUCACAAUGUUUGUAUCUCAUAAUUUUUCAGUAUUAUUUUGCAGUAAAUGCUUACUAACCAUACGUAUAGAACAGUAAUCUUUAUAAUGUCUUCGUGAGAAAACGAAGACUCGAACGGUUUUAAGAACAAAAUUUAAUUGGAAAAAAUGAGAAUAAACUAUAUAACAAAAUUUUUGCUUGCUGUGUGUUUGCUUGUAUUUUAUUGUGAGGUAGUUAUUUACUACGUGGUUUUGCUGCAGUGCGGGUGGCCGCAGCUGGACCCGGCGACGGCGGACCGCAGCAUCCGCGUGGGUCCCGACGGCGGGCCCCUCAGGGUGAUGCUUCUGGCGGACACUCACCUGCUGGGCUCCCGCAACGGCCACUGGUUCGACAAGCUGAGGAGAGAAUGGCAGAUGUACAGAGCGUUCCAGACGGUGAUGUCGCUACAUAAUCCUGAAGUAAUUUUCGUUUUGGGCGACCUGUUCGACGAAGGCCUGUGGUGCAGCGAGAAGGAGUUUGCGUACUACGUGAAGCGCUUCCACAGUCUGUUCUCCGUCCCCGAGGACACGCAGCUGUACGUUGUGGUCGGCAACCACGACGUGGGCUUCCAUUACGGGAUCAGCCCGUACCUUCACGAGAGGUUCUCGUCAGCUCUGCAGGCGCCGUCGGUUCACAUGAAGACCAUCCGCGGCAACCACUUCGUGCUGGUCAACAGCAUGGCGCUGGAGGGCGACGGCUGCUUCCUGUGCCGGCCGGCGGAGAUCCAGCUGCAGAAGAUAUCCAGGCGACUGAAGUGUGCAAAAGGUAUUGGCACCUGCGAGAAAGGAAUGGAAUUGGAACAUUAUAGUCGUCCAAUAAUCAUUCAGCACUUCCCGAUGUACCGCGAGUCGGACGCCCUGUGCCGCGAGCCGGACCGCGCUCCGGAGGACGAGAGGACCCACAAGUUCCGCGAGCGCUGGGAGUGUCUCUCCAGGGAGGCCUCCGAGACGGUGUACGACUCCCUGAAGCCGCGGCUGAUCUUCGACGGGCACACGCACCACGGCUGUCACCUGGUGCACGACGGCGACAUUCACGAGUGGACCCUCCCGUCCUUCAGCUGGCGGAACAAGAACAACCCCAGCUUCGUGCUGGCGGUGGUGGCGCCGGACAACCACGCGGUGGCCAAGUGCUACAUGCCGCAGGAGUCGACGGUGAUCUCGGUGUACAUCGCGGGCGUGGCGCUGAUCCUGCUGGGCCUGCUGGUCUCGCACCGCCGCUUCUGCCGCCGGCUGCGCUUCUACAAGAGCAACUGAUACUAGUGGGGGCCGUCAGUUCCGCGAGGAGGGCUGGCGGACUCUCACGUUGUGGCAUAGCAGAUGCCACGCAGUUCUGGCUGCAUUUCCGCAUGAACCACCAAGGGAAUACAUCGUUCAGCUGUUUUUACUCGUGUGAAGACUUUUAAUGCAAAGAAAACAAAUUUUUGCAAACCGACAUGAAGGGUGUUUUUGAAAGUUACUUACAAUAAACUGACACCGUGCAGGAAACUUGAGCAGCUUUUAAAUGGUGCGUUCGCACACGGAACUUCGUGCAUCACCAGGCGGUGAUGCGGUGACUAAGAAGAAGUAACUGACGACAUCAUCAGCAUCGUCGUGCCUGAUGUCCUGUCACUGGCCGCGUCCUCCCUGGGGCCGGUCAGACUUUGAGUAGAGGCUGGAGGAUGAUCGCUGAGUAACCACAGCCCUGGUGUAUCCUCCACCCUCUGUCAUUCGCACCGCAGCGUAACUCGAGAAUCACGCAUUGCCAAACUAACUGCGAAGAGUGGGACAUUUCUGCUAUUGAUACUGAACAACUACAAAAUGUUAACAAGGUAUUGUCAGUAUUAUAUCUGUGUUUCAGUUGUAAAAGAUGGAGUUUUAUUCAUUUUAUGUCAUGAAUGGAAGUGACCUGCGAGGUUUUAAACGUUGAAGUGCAUCACAGAGAAUACGAGAGCAGACGUGAUCGAUGAUGCUCGGGAACAAUUUUAUAGCACCAGCUUCACUGCAGGUGAUUUUACUUGACAGUUUUUGUAAAUAAUAUUGUGCUUUGCAUGUGUGUGUGUCUAUAAAUGUUUUCAUGUCAGUAGACAUUUGUAUAUGUUUAUAUGUGUAAUGAUAUGAAAAGAAACUUUGUUGUGAAAAAUUGUGUGUAAGUUCCUUGAUGUAUAUGAUUUGUGCCAAAAAAUCUUAAUUAAAAAUUGUAAUGCAGAAGUAAUUUUUGCCAUAAAUUAUGUUCUUACAAUAUAUUUUUAACUUUAACUUACAGCCUAAAGAGUAAGUGGAAACGAAGACCUGUCAGAGCGUAGUGAAAAGUUAGACUUCCCGGAGUGGAGUGCUCCAUGGCAAAGUGAGGGAGGGUAGAUAUUGAGUGCCCCACUCCUCACUUUCAAGCCAGCAUUAGUGAUGCGAAGCUACACUGUUGCAUUUUUCUUUGCGCUGGAAAUGGCAAAGACAAAUUUGAAUUUCUACUGAAUCCAGUAAUAAUGAUGAAAAUAUGUAUAGGCAUUUUUCAACAGUGUUUAUGCAUUUUUUAAAAUUUAAUUAUUUAUUGUAUAUUAUUGUGUUUGUGUACUUUAUUGUUAAGUUUUAUUGUUCAAAUGAAAUAUUGAAGAAUUUGUUUUAGCAUUUUAGUGGGUUAUUGAAAUGUGAAGUUUCACUUCUAAGCCAUUUUUUUCCCCCUGGAUAUUACUGUAAGACAUAUUGGGUAAUUCCAAUAAAUAUAUGUUUUUGUUGGUAAUAAAUCUAUUUUGUCAUUGAAUGU